UUUAGGCUCCCUUGAGGUUUUUGGCCACUGCUGGAAACUCCAAGGUAAAGAUGAUGGUGAUGAUGAGAGGAAUUCUGCAAGCAUCUCCAUGGACAUUGCUGUGGAGAAGUUUCCAGGUUCCGAGGUCUAUGCCAGUGAGGUCCUGUAGUCUCUACACCUGCACUUACAGAACCCGGAACCGAGCCUUACCUCCACUCUGGGAGAAUUUGGACCUUGUUCCUGCGGGUGAUCGGCAGUCACCCAUCAACAUCCGAUGGAGGGACAGUGUUUAUGACCCUGGCUUAAAACCACUCACUAUCUCUUAUGACCCGGCCACCUGCCUCCACAUCUGGAAUAAUGGGUACUCUUUCCUCGUGGAAUUUGAAGAUUCUACAGAUAAGUCAGUGACUGGCUGCCUCUUAAUUCCUGCUUUUUAUUCAUUAUUAUUUCUUCAUCCUGUCUCAAAAAAUCCACAGUACUACAAUAGGGGCAAAAAUAGAGCCUCUGAACAUGAAAA